AGCAAAACGUCGGGACAUCCUCCCACGUCGCGCCUGUGCUGUUGUAUUCGCUCUUGCUGCGUGCAUCGUGAUCAGGCUGCAGAGAGUCUUGCGGAGGUCACCUUCUGUCACUGCAAGGGGAAAUACUGAAUCAUUUGCAGUCAAAGCUAGGCUGGACUCGGUGCAGCUCGGCAAGCAGCGUGUAUCUGUGUACGAAAAACCAAGUGCCGCUGCAGAGCACAGGUUUGGUUAAUAUAGACAAUUGCAACAUCCGCAGAAAUGUCUGGCUCCUACGAUGAAACUGCAGGUGUUGACGACACCAUGGACAGCUUCUGGGAGGUGGGGAACUACAAACGUGCCGUCAAGAGAUUUGACGACGGCCAUCGACUGUGCAAUGAUCUCAUGGGCUGCCUGCAGGAACGGGCCAAAAUAGAAAAAGCUUACGGGGAUCAGCUGACUGCCUGGUCCAAGAGAUGGAGACAGCUUAUUGAGAAAGGGCCACAGUACGGCUCAGUGGAGAGAGCCUGGUUGGCUGUAAUGACCGAGGCGGAGAAGGUAAGCGAGCUGCAUCAAGACGUCAAGAACAACUUGAUGAUUGAGGAUGUGGAGAAAGUCAAGAAUUGGCAGAAGGAGGCCUAUCACAAGCAAAUGAUUGGAGGCUUCAAAGAGGCAAAGGAGGCGGAGGAAGGAUUUAAGAAAGCACAGAAACCCUGGGCAAAAAAACUCAAGGAGAUGGAGACAGCGAAGAAAGCUUACCACAUGGCAUGCAAGGAGGAGAGGCUGGCUGUGACUCGAGAGGCUAACGGCAAGACCGAGGCUUCUGUCACACCGGACCAACAGAAGAAACUCCACGAGAAAGUGGACAAAUGCAAACAGGAUAUGCAGAAAGCUAAAGAAAAGUAUGAGAAGUCUCUGGAGGAGCUGAACAAGUGCUCACCGGCCUACAUGGAGUGCAUGGAGCAGGUGUUUGACCAGUGCCAGCAGCAUGAGGUGAAGAGGCUGACUUUCCUGAAGGAGGCCUUGCUGGACAUCAAACGCCACCUCAACCUCACAGAGAACCAAAGCUAUGCCACAAUAUACAGAGAAUUGGAACGGACCAUCCUGUCUGCGAACACACAAGAAGAUCUGAAGUGGUUCAGCAACAACCAUGGGCCCGGCAUGCACAUGAAUUGGCCCGCCUUCGAGGAAUACAACCCAGACCAGGCAAAUGCCCCUCCAAAGAAGAAGAAGCCAGAUGGAGCACCACCCACUCCUAGCACUGACCACGUGGCGCCCCCUGGUGACCGGAGCAGCGUGAGCAGCUAUGAAAAGAACCAAGCAUACUCAACCGAGUGGUCUGACGAUGAGCAGCCCGCGACCUACUCUGGCAAUGAAAACGGUGGGAACGGAAACUCGUUCGAGGAGGAUUCUAGCACUGGGAAAGGUGUUCGAGUGCGAGCGCUCUAUGACUACGAUGGCCAAGAGCAGGAUGAACUCUCUUUCAAAGCAGGCGAUGAGCUGACCAAGACUGAGGAUGAAGACGAACAAGGCUGGUGUCGAGGUCGUCUGGACUGCGGCCGAGAGGGACUGUACCCGGCCAAUUAUGUUGAGCCGAUCUAGGCCAGUGGCCGGACAAAGAAAAGACAUGCUCCUGGAGGCAGCUUGAACAGCACCAUCAAAUUGCACCGCACAUAGCCAGAGACUUAAGAGCAACACAUUCCCUUGCCCAACAGAUGUGUGAAGCUGUCAUCGAAACUUAGUAAGCUAAAAGACAAAUAUUUUAUCCAGCUCUUGGGGUGGUUUGACUUCCACAUUUCAAAAUAAGAGAAUAUACACACUCAACUAUAGACCUUGACAGGAACACAUGGCUUCUCCGUGUUGUAAAUAAUGUACAAUGCAAGCUUAUUUCAACAGGCAGCCUGUUGUGGAAACGGAAGGCGACUAUAAUCAGUUAUACCCAUUCGACAAAUACGAGCUUCUCGAACCUGCAUUGAGUAUGUACAGUGCGAUGCCAUUUUUAUGUAGCUUUUAUUUUUUAACGCUUUGUGUGGUCAGUCAUCAUUCUUACAUCGGGAAUGUUGUGUCGUGUUUCAAGUACCACAAACAGUACCCUCUUUUAUUUGUCAUUUUUGGUGAAGUAUUAUUUUAUCGUGCUAGUCCAACCCCUUUUGCGGUGUGUGCAGUGUUAUGUGUUGAACUGUUUCCGAGCGCGCAUAGCAGCAUGCGCUAUGCGACAACUCACAUUCCCUGGAUCGUCCCGCCUCGUCCGGGCCGCGACCCAAUGCAACGCUACGACUUCCAAUGCACUUUGAAAGGAUCGCAUGCAUCACCAGAAGAAGCUUGCUGACAAUAUGCUCGAUUCUAUGUUUGUUUUGUCAUCAUGCGAUCCAUUGAAAAAAGUGACACGCCCCCACAGCAGCUUUCAUUCUAAAAGCAUGUCUACUAACCACUGCUGUCAGUGACCAAGCAAAGCCGGAUCGGCGCAUCCUUUUUGCGACGAGUACUGCAGUAUGAGAGGGGUUCCGAACAAUGCCCAUGCCAGCAUUUUUUUUUCUACCAGGAAGGGGUCAAUGGGGGCAUGCUGAGCCUCAUAGCGCUGUGUGAAGACCAAGCCUCUUCAACAGGACAUGAAUGUACUAGUGUUCAGGCAUGAAGAAGCCAUGCUGUCCAAUGGAAAACACAGUUCUUCACUGUCGGAAAGCCCUAACUAGUCAUGCUGAGCCAAAGAAAGACACGCUACCAUCAACCGUGUUUCCCCUCCAUGCCAUACCCUUCACAUAUCAUGUGACUCCAUUUUACGUCUCAACCAUAUCUUCAUUUGCGUUCAGCAAAUCGAUGUGUGUGUUACUCUCAAAUUUGUUUAAGUGGUUACUGCAUGAGCGAUAUCCUUUUAGAAGUGCUGGAGUUUUGGACCGAGAUGUGUUGAGCUCUCCCCGGGACAUGAUUCGACAGCUUCAGGUAUCGCAGUGAGGAGAAAAACAUCACCAGCUCACAAGUUGUGUCUUACGAGUCGCGUUUUCCAGCAAAGCAAAAAGGACUUGUAUCAUCCGUGGUCCACGCACACACAACAAAAAAUGCAUCAGCCACAAAAAGUACCUGCAUUGCCAUUUUGAGAGAGACAUCAUUCCGUAUGUACGCGUUGUGUGGAAAAAGUUCAAAGAAAAAAAAACAUGCAAGUGAUUGACUACUAAGACAAAAUGUAGUAAUAUAUAUGUAAAUGUGUUUCAUUCAAAUAACAGCAAUGAAAUAUAAAGUAAUAGGCACCAUAUCGUAUGAAUUUCAUGGCGAUGGUUAAGUGUAUCAUAAAAGAGUUACACCCCAAGCUGUCAGAUUUGUAAAUGAAGAUGUAAUUUAAAGAUUAUCUAUUGUAACUGUACAACUGUGUUGAGUUGAAAAUGAGACCUAACCAUGUUGGGGCAGUAAAAAUGUGUAAGUGUGUAAA